GCGGCAAUAGCUUGCGCAAAACCACGCGAUCUUCUUGACUGCGCCAUUUUCUUUAUCCGUGAGGAGCGAUGCUGGGCUCGAUGAGCUGGAUACGUUCAUACCGUCGACGCACACGUAUGCGCUGUUGGCUCAAAUCAACGCGCGACCGUACUAGUUUAAACACUAAUUUUCACUCAGUCUUUUCCAGUUUAGUUUUCUUGUUUGCCCUUGUUAAUCGCGCAGGAGCGAAAGCUCCACGGAUAAUCUUCCGAGACGACUUCGACGGGGUCGCACUGGACCUAACGCACUGGAAUUCCGCCAACACCAAGUCAAAUGUCAAUGGAGAGCGGCAAUACUACCGGUCGGAUAACGUCCAGGUGUCCAGUGGGACACUGCGUCUCAUUAGCCGGCGGGAGGCGUACGGCGGUUGCAAUUUCACUUCAGGGCUGGUGGAUACCCGCGAUAAGUUUAGCUUUCUCUACGGUGAGAUUGAGUGGCGGGCACGCGUUGCCGCCGAUGGUGGCAUCCAGCCACAGUUGUGGCUGCAGAAUCCGCAGUGCCACGACGGGGUACCCUGCAAUGGUUACGGGCCACCGUCUUUUAGUCCCAGGAUGGACGGCGAUCUUAAGCCAUCACACAGCCCCAGAGCGGUUGUCAAUAUACAUAAUUUGUCUCGCACGGUGAGAGAGAAAAUGGCGGAUCCAAAACAAGACCUUUCGAACGAUUUCCACAUGUACAAGAUAGUCUGGUCGCCGAAUGCGCUGCAGUGGCUUGUGGACGGAAAGCAGGUUCACUCUGUAUUAGGCCAGGAUAAGGUCCCCGCGGUGGCGCAGCAGGUGGUAAUGAAUGUCGCCGUUAAAGAAGAUUCUGCCGAUGAUCCCGGCAGCCUUACUCGCUUUCCCACUGAGUUCCUCAUCGACUACGUGGUGGUACGCCAGUACGAUAUCCUUAUAUUGUCAUCGGUCACCAGUGCGCCAAUCACUCAGGUAGCCACACCGGAGCCAACGGAGCCACCGGGGCUAGUCAUCGGCCUUGGAAGCCUAGGAGGAACGCUAGUCGUUACCGCUAUCGGCGUUCUUAUUCUUUUUAUGUGUUGGAAGCAGCGCCGGCGCCUGAAGCGCGGCAACAUGCGCAAGCGCACCGACACCCUGCCGAAAACCAAUUGUCACCGGGGGCAACUCGUUGAUGCAGACAAUGAGGAGGUCAUACCGGCUAUCCAACAAUAUAUCCACUUGUUGGAGAUCCCUUUAGCUAAUAUACAAGUUUGGGCUAUUGUUGGAAAGGGCAAGCAUGGUAUUGUCCGGAAAGGCGUGGCCACGGGGCUGCGUGGUCAGCCGCUGCCGACCCUGGUGGCCAUUAAGACGGCGCGUAAUACUACCAGCCCAGAGCAGCAACGACAAAUUAUCACAGAAAUGAAGGUUCUGACGCAAGCCGGCCGACAUCUCAAUAUAAUCAACCUCCUCGGUGCUGUCGUUAAAGGCGAAACACAUUUGCUAUUGGAAUAUGCGGAACACGGGUCUCUUUUGAAAUAUCUGCGGUUUCACCGGAGGACCGUUGCCCACAACUUCCCGAACGUAGUUCCGGUACUGCGUAACGACGAAGCGGAAGGAGGCCGCCAGCAGCAGUUUACUGUCAGCGAGAUUCCGAUGCCAGUCCUGCGUGCUGAAGUCGUGGACGGAGGAGUUUUAUCAGUGCAAAACUUGAUGGGCUUCGUCUUCCAGAUCAGCCGCGGUAUGGCCUACCUUAACAGCCGCUCUAUCAUCCAUUGCGAUCUGGCCGCGCGCAACAUCCUGGUCUGCCACGAUGGAGUGGUCAAGAUCGCCGAUUUCGGCAUGGCCCGGCAGGCGACAGAAUAUACCCUCCUUGCAGAACGCGUAAGGACUAUUCGUGGCAGACCACACGCAGGACUGGCAUCGGAAUCUCGCCGCCAGCAGCAGUUUACUGUCAGCGAGAUUCCGAUGCCAGUCCUGCGUGCUGAAGUCGUGGACGGAGGAGUUUUAUCAGUGCAAAACUUGAUGGGCUUCGUCUUCCAGAUCAGCCGCGGUAUGGCCUACCUUAACAGCCGCUCUAUCAUCCAUUGCGAUCUGGCCGCGCGCAACAUCCUGGUCUGCCACGAUGGAGUGGUCAAGAUCGCCGAUUUCGGCAUGGCCCGGCAGGCGACAGAAUAUACCCUCCUUGCAGAACGCAUCAGCCGCGGUAUGGCCUACCUUAACAGCCGCUCUAUCAUCCAUUGCGAUCUGGCCGCGCGCAACAUCCUGGUCUGCCACGAUGGAGUGGUCAAGAUCGCCGAUUUCGGCAUGGCCCGGCAGGCGACAGAAUAUACCCUCCUUGCAGAACGCGGAGCGCUGCCGUUGCGCUGGAUGGCGCCGGAGUCGAUCGAGCAGCGGACGUUCUCACAGAAGUCGGAUGUGUGGUCCUUCGGCGUCCUGACCUGGGAGAUUUUCAGUCUGAGCGAAGCGCCUUACACCUGUGACGGCCUAAAUUUCCGCAAUGGUACCGAGCUGCUCACCGCGCUGAUGGCCGGUGUCCACUUGGAACACCCGCCAGUUUGUCCUAACGCCGUGUAUGUGGGCAGGCGCAGUUAG